AUGCCCCCCAACCGAAUACCUCUACCACCCCAAACCCUCAGAAUCAGAACCACCCCCCGCGACUUCACCAGCCUCCCCUCAACCUACAACUACACGCCAAAUCUCGCUCCAGGCACAAUAGUCGGCAUAGUCCUCGGCAGCGUCCUCGGCUUCUUACUAGUGAUUUACCUCCUCUACCUAUCCCUCAAUUCGGGCCGGAAAUUCUCCCCCUCAACUACAGUCGGAGGAGGCAGCACGAUCCUAUCCCCCAGCUCCGAAGAAUCCCGAUCGGAGAUCAUCGUGGAAGAGAACCUGAGUUCGCGGUCGCCUGGGACGCGCUCGCACCGGCAUUCGCGCCGUGGUGGCGGGCGGCGACGGAGGAGAGAGGAGAUUGAGGAGGAGGAGUACAUCCCGCCUUCGGCGCACAGACAUCAUCCGGAAAUGGUGGAGGGGAGUGCGUUGUCGAGUGAACGGUCGGAUAUGGUGACUGUUUUGGAGGAGCAUUCUAGUGUUGAGGGAAGAAAACCGCCGCGGCGGGCGAGGGGCGCCGGGGGUCAUGGGAAGGGGUAUCGGGCUGUGGAUUUGGAUGCCCCUGAGGGGUUGUCUGUUGAUGGGAGUUUGAGGUCUUAG